AUGCGCGCUUCCGCCCACCCAACGCUGCUUCUUCGCUUGACUUGGCUCGACGUCGAUGUGGUUGCCAAGGCUACAUCCGCCGUGCUAGUCUUUACGCGCGCCUCUGCACUCGGACAGCAGACGAGCGCCAAAUCGUUCUUUUCACCUCGGCUAGCUCCAUCCAGGCGCGACGGCGGAGGCAGGGCGCAGGCCACUAGCCAAUGCGUCGCUCUUCGGCUGCCAUGCAAGCGAGAGUCGUGCUACACGCCCUUGCUGGGAAGGGUGGCUGCUACAGUAGGCGAAGAUGCGCACGGCCGUGCCAAUGCACUUCUGCACGAGCGCAACGAUAAGCGAGUUCCUGCUAACCCAUUCGCGACCGCUCCCGUUCCAGCCCUCUUGUUUGCAGGUCUCUCGGCCCGCGGCUAA